CCUCUCUCCCAAACUCUCUCCCGCCUCUGUCUCUGUUAAACAGGAUGCUGCUACUUCGUUUGCGGUGCCAACAGCUGAGGUCUGCUUCCUGAGUUUCCUUCCAGCCUGAGAGAGUUACAGGAACAGAAAGGAAGUGUGUGUUUGUGUGAAGGCAAGGGACAUUGUGUCAUGUACGUUUGUUAGAGAGAGCAAAAGAAAAGAGAGAGAGAGAGACUAUGGAAUGCUGUGAUAUCACCAGCUAAGUCAUACACAAAGGCACACACAAGCACUCACUCUCACUCCUAGUAAAGUCUACCGUGGAGCGUCUGCACCCAGCUCGUGUCCAGUUUAUGGCUGCUAAUUAGUGAUGAGAGCUUGUGUGUGGUGAACGGACCGAGCUGGGCUUCAUCAUCUUUACCACCGUCAUCCUUGUACUGAAGGACUGUUGCUGAAUCUCAGGAUAAAAUCAGGUGAACCACACACACGGCCAUGCUGCAGCAGAUCUUGAACGACAUGUACAUCGACCCGGAUGUGCUGGACGCUCUGAACGACGAGCAGAAGAAGACGCUCUUCCUGAAGAUGCGCGAGGAGCAGGUGCGACGCUGGAAGGAGCGUGAGGAGAAGCUGGAGAGGGAACCACUCAAGCCCAAACCAAAGACAGCUAAUAGCAAGAGUGUCAGUUGGCUGCUGGGACGAGAUGGAGACGUGCAGGUCAUUGUCAUUGGAGAGAUGGAUGAGCUCAAAUCCUCCAAGAUCAUCUAUUCAGGGUUUGGAGAGAGAAAAACUGUCAGCGUCCUCAACAAUUCACACAACCAGCCCAGCACUUUAAAGAGCAACUUGAUAAACCGAACAACAACGGAACCUGUACGAUCAGGGCAAGAAAACCUUCCUCCCAAAGCACACUCAGGAGUUCAGCUGAACUUUAAGGACAACAGUGACAAAGAAUUAAGAACUCUGGCGCCUCCACAGAUGCUUGUAAAUGAAGAAAAGCCAUCAGCACCUUCAGAAAAUGUAUCCCAUCAGCCUCAGGAGUCCAAAGAGGAGGCUGAGUCAGUACACUCGGAGGAUGACUCAGCACUCUUGUCCUCAAUUUGCUAUCGGGCCCACUCGAGAUCUUGCCUCCUGACACCCUCGGCUCUCAGCAGACCUGGCUAUAUGGACAUGGAGGACAGAACGACCAGUCAGCUACCUGACACCUCCAGACUCCAUCCCCAAGACCUCCGCGCCACUCAACCCCCCUCCCCACCUCCCCCUCUCCCCCUGGCAGCCGUGACCCCCCCGCGGCCUGGCUCAGCGCACAGACGUGCCGCUCCGGAAUUCUGCCCUCUGCCCCACUUCUAA